ACAGCUUCGCCUAUAAAAUGUCUGCUCCUAUCAAGUCCACUAUCCUCGGCUUCCCGCGCAUGGGCUCCGACCGCCAGCUCAAGAAGCUCGCCUCGUACGGGCUCAGCGAGGUGCCCGUGGGCGACUUCUCCUACUACGACCACGUCCUGGACGCUGCACUGACCGUCGGCAUCAUCCCCGAGCGCUACCAGCAGCUGGACGCCUGUCGGCUCGCAGGCAACAAGAGCAUCAACGUCGACGUGCCGUCGCUCGAGAUGAAGAAGUGGUUCGACACCAACUACCACUACAUGGUGCCCGAGGUCGCCGACAACCAGCGCUUCGUGCUCCACAACACCAAGGUCCUGGACGAGUUCCUUGAGGCCAAGGAGCUCGGGCACAACGCGCGCCCGGUCAUCCUGGGCCCGGUGUCACUGCUUGCCUUGAGCAAGCCCGCCAAGGGCGCCGCGACCAAGCCGCUGGACCACCUGGCCAAUCCUGGUGCCAGUCUAUCCGGCGCCCAGUGGGUGCAGGUUGACGAGCCCAUUCUUGCCCUGGACCUGGAUGCUGCCGUCUACAAGGCUGCCUUUGCCGAGACCUACAAUGCCUUUGCCCAGGUCGCCGGGCUCAAGUUCCUGCUCACCAGCUACUUUGACCGCCUGGGCGAUAACCUCGUCUGGGCCGCUGCACUGCCCGUGCACGGCAUCCACCUGGACCUGGUCCGCGGCGCUGCCGACCUGGACGCGGCCCUGGAACUCAUCCCCAAGGACAAGGUCAUUUCGGCCGGUCUCAUCAACGGCCGCAACAUCUGGAAGGCUAACCUGGAGAAGCAGCUGUCGGUGCUUGCCAAAAUCACCGCAGCACGCACCCCCGCGUCGGUCUGGGUCAGCUCGUCGACCGGCCACCUUGACGAAGAGACCCUGGGCUGGCUCUCGUUUGCUGAGGAGAAGCUCGAGGAAAUCUCCAUUCUGGCCCAGGCCGCCACCAACCCCGAUGAUGUCGCCGCCAAGCUGCAGGACAACUCGGCCAAGGUUCUGAGCCGCGCUACCUCUGAGCGCAUCACCCGCGCGGCCGUGCAGAACCGCCUGGCGGAGCUGACGGCCGAGUCGUACCGGCGCCAGGCGCAGUUCAAUGAGCGCCAGAAGGCACAGCGGGCGGCGCUCCGCCUGCCCCUGUUCCCGACCACUACCAUUGGGUCGUUCCCGCAGACGGCCGAGGUGCGCCGGGCGCGCGCGCAGUUCCGCAAGGGCGCUUUGUCCCAGGCCGAGUACCAGAAGUACCUGGAGGAGGAGACGCAGAAGUGCAUUGAGUGGCAGGACCAGGCCGGCCUGGAUGUGCUGGUGCACGGCGAGUUCGAGCGCACCGACAUGGUGGAGUUCUUUGGCGAGCACCUGGAGGGCUUUGUGUUCACCAAGAAGGGCUGGGUGCAGUCGUACGGCUCGCGCUGCGUCAAGCCGCCGGUCAUUUUCGGCGAUGUCUCGCGUCCGCACCCGAUGACCGUGGAUGUGGCCAGGUUUGCGCAGAAGUGCAGCCCGAACAAGCCCGUCAAGGGCAUGCUGACCGGGCCCGUCACCAUUCUGCAGUGGUCGUUUGUGCGCGAUGACCAGCCGCGCUCACAGACUGCUGCGCAGAUCGCCCUGGCUAUCCGCGACGAGGUUGUCGACUUGGAGGCCGCCGGCAUCAAGGUCAUUCAGGUCGAUGAGCCGGCCAUCCGCGAGGGCCUGCCGCUGCGCAAGUCCGACUACAGCGCCUACCUCGAAUGGUCCGUUAAUGUGUUCCGUCUGGCCACCACCGGCGUGCGCAACGAGACCCAGGUGCACUCGCACUUUUGCUACAGCGACUUCAACGAGAUCUUCACCGCCAUUAAGAGCCUGGACGCCGAUGUCAUCACUAUUGAGAACUCAAAGUCCGACCUCAAGCUGUUGGGCGCCCUGCAGGUCCACGGAUACAGUGCUGAGAUUGGCCCGGGUCUCUACGACAUCCACUCGCCGCGCGUUCCCUCGGUUGAGGAGAUGGCUGCCCGCUUCAGCGCCCUGCAGCAGUACAUUCCCGCCGAGAACCUCUGGGCUAACCCUGAUUGUGGUCUCAAGACCCGCGGCUGGCCUGAAGUCAAGGAGGCUCUGACCAACCUGGUUACUGUUGCCGCCAAUGCCCGCAAGGCCCAUGCGGCCAGCAACUAGAUAUGGUUUGUUACCUCUACGGAAUUAAAUCCAUUUUCACUUAUCACCACAUUGUACCUCUGCAGUGAUCCGAGAACCACACUUGGCUCAAAGGUGUGCCAGCUUUCGGAGCCUUAUCGAUCCAGACCAGGCGAAAGGGUAUAUUAGUUACCGGCCGGCCUGCAUCUAGAGUUCACACACCUUACUUUUUGAUUACUCUUCCAUAUGUUCUAAUAGACAGCACAAGGAGCGGC